AUGCCGCCUAAAAAGGGAGGAAAAAAGAAUAAAAACGAUGAUUGGUGAGUGUGUUGCGAAAUUUGACCCAAUGUUUGACUUUUUUCAGGGACGAUGAGGCCGCCGAGAAGAAAUUGGCCGAGCUGAACGUUUCCGAGAGCAAAUGGGAUGAGGAGAAGUCUGCGAAGCCCAAGGCAAAGGCCAAAGCGCCCGCCAAGAAGGGUUUCGCCGCUUUUGUACGUGUUUUUAGUUUUUCGUUGAUUUUUGGUGUAAAUUUUUAAAUUUUCAGUUGGAUGAGGACUCUGACAAUGAGCCGAAGCCCUCGGACGACGAUGAGCCGGCUUCAGCGCCGGCGCCAGCCAAAUCAAAGCCAGAGGAGGUGAAGGCCGAGAAAAAGGAGAAGAAAGAGAAGAAAAAGGGCGGAAAGAAGGGGAAGAAGGAGGAAGAGGACGAUGAGGAGGACCUCGACGCGAUGCUCGCCAAGUUUAAGAGCCAAGACGGCCCGGUCGCCGCUCCAGAACCCGUAGAAGUGGCUCCAGAAGCUCCCGCCGCCGUCGACGACGAUAAGAAGAAUAAAAAGAAGAAAAAGAAGGAGAAGAAGACGGAGGAGGACGAGGCAGAGGUUCCAGAAGCUCCAGAAGCUCCAGAAUCCGACGACGACGACGACGAAGAGGGUGGUGAUGAGAAGGACAAAGACAAAAAGGACAAGAAAAAGCAGAAGAAGAAGGACAAGAAGAAGGAGAAAGAAAAGAAGGAGAAAGAGGAGAAGAAGGGCGCGAAGAAGGGCACUGUGAGCAGCAUUAAGGAGAUGCUCAAGAAACAGAGGGAGGAGCGCGAGGAGCUGGAACGCCUCGAGAAGGAGCAGCGAGAAAGGACGGCGCAGGAGGAGAAGGAGCGCGAGGAACGGGAACGCAUCGAACGGGAACAGCGGGAAGCCCAAAAAGAAGCGGCCCGAGAGGCCAAACGGCUCGAGAUCGAACGUCAGAAGAAGGAGGGAACCUAUCUGACGGCCGCACAACGCAAAAAACAACAGGAGGCACUCGCCCGACUCGGAAUCGCCGCCCCAACUCGAGAAUCUACUGAAGAAGAGGCGGGUGGCGAGAAAAAAGGCACUUUUGUGUAUAUGACCGAGAAGGACCGACUGAAACAGGAGGAGAAAAAGCGAAAGCGUCUCGAGAAAUUGGGGCAGUUGCCGCCAAAGGGCGAAGAGACUCCGGAAGAGGUGACGACGCCGAAGUCCGAAAGUCCUGUUGUUGAAAAACAGAUAGAAAAGGAAAAGGAAACUGAGAAAUCGGCGACUCCGGAGCCGCUGGACGAUUGGACGAUGGCCGAUUCGGAUGAGGAGAAGGAAAAGGAGAAGAAGAAAAAGAAAGAGCAGAAGGUGCAAGAAGCGAUAGAAGAAUCGGAGGAAUCGGAAGAAUCCGAGUCGGAAGAGGAGGAAGAGGAGUCCGAAUCGGAAGAAUCGGAAGAGGAGGAGAGUUCGGAGGAGGAGGAGGAGGAGCAGCGGGGCGCCAAAGAGACAAAAGAGCAGAUCAUCGAGCGGGUGAAGGUGCGGAUCGCGAAGAGAAAAGAGGCGGCGCAGGCGAAACGAUCCGUCGACGAUCUCAGAAGUCCUGUGAUUUGUGUGCUCGGACACGUCGACACUGGAAAGACCAAAAUGUUGGAUACGGUACGUUUCGGAUAUCGAAAAUCGCACAUUUUUCUAGAAAAGUAAAAUUACUGAAACAUUUUUUUAGAAUUACGCUCAAAUUAUGCAGUUUUCAAAAAAAAACCAGCAAUUUUCCAGAUCCGUCGCACGAACGUGCAGCAGGGCGAAGCGGGAGGAAUCACGCAGCAGAUCGGAGCGACGGAAGUGCCGGCGGAGGCGAUCAAGGAGCGGUGUCGCCAGGUGCGGGACUUCAAGCCGGACGCGAUGAAGGUCCCCGGCUUCCUGAUCAUCGACACGCCCGGCCACGAGUCGUUCUCGAACCUCCGCACGCGCGGAUCCUCUCUCUGCGACUUUGCCAUUCUCGUCGUCGACAUUAUGCACGGCCUCGAGCCGCAGACGAUCGAAUCGCUGAAACUGUUGGUGAAGGGAAAGACUCCGUUCGUGAUCGCCCUCAACAAAAUCGACCGUUUGUAUGGAUACGAAUCGAAUCCGCGCAAAGACGUCUACGAGCACCUGAAGACGCAGCCGGCGCGCGUGCAGGCCGAGUUCAAGGAGCGAUUCGACAAAAUCAAGGUGGAGUUCGCCGAGCAGGAGCUGAACGUGGCACUCUCGAACAGGCCACUGGCCGACGACGACUACGUCUACAUGGUGCCGACUUCGGCGAUGCAGGGCGACGGCAUCGGCAACCUCAUGAGCUUCAUUGUGAAUCAGACGCAGAGCAAGUACGCACAGAAACUCGCCUUCUCCGAAGAGCUCGACGCAACCGUCAUGGAGGUCAAAUCACUGCCAGGUUAGUGGUUUAAGAGAAAGCAAAAAAAAAACGCUGAAAUUUUACACAGGUCUCGGCACGACGAUCGACGUGAUUCUGGUGAACGGAACGAUGCGUGCGGGCGACGUGAUCGUGCUGACCGGUUCGGACGGCGCGAUCGUGACUCAAGUGCGCGAGCUGCUGAUGCCGAAGCCGCUUAAGGAGUUGCGCGUCAAGAACGACUACAUCCACUACAAAGAGGUGCGGGGCGCGCGCGGAGUGAAAGUGCUCGCGAAGAACCUGGAGAAGGUGCUGGCCGGCCUUCCGCUCUACAUCACGGACCGAGAGGACGAGGUGGACUACCUGCGGCAAGAGGCCGAUUCGCAACUCGCCAACGCACUUCACGCCAUCAAAAAGAAGCCGGAAGGCGUCUACGUGCAGGCCUCCACCCUCGGAUCCCUCGAGGCACUCCUCGAAUUCCUCAAAUCGCAGAAGAUUCCCUACUCGAAUGUGAACAUCGGGCCGGUGCACAAGAAGGACGUGCAGAAGGCGUCGGCGAUGAAGGAGCACAAGGCCGAGUACGCGUGCAUUCUCGCGUUCGACGUCAAAAUCGAGCGCGAAGCACAGAUAUUCGCGGAUCACGAGGGAAUCAAAGUGUUCCAGGCGGACAUCAUCUAUCACUUGCAGGAUGCGUUCCUCAAGUACAGGUACAGCCAAAUAGCCAAGAUUAGAGGGGGUCUGAGUGUAAAUUAGAGUAAAUGGAAAUUCGGAUUGAGAAAUGUGCUUUUCCAGAGAGGAACUGAAGGAGAAGGCGCGUCGCGAGAACGAGCAUCUGGCGAUUUUCCCGUGCAAACUGCGCGUCCUUCCCAAUCACGUCUACAAUACCCGCAAUCCGAUCGUGUUCGGCGUCUCCAUCGAAGCGGGACUCGUCAAGAGGGGCACUCCGAUUUGUGUGCCGAGCAAGGAGGUAAUUUUCGGGAAAAUCCGGGAUAUUACUAAUUGUUUGAGAAGAAAUCGGCGGAAAAUGCUCGAAAUGUGUGCCUUUUUGCAGGGAAUUCUGUUGGGAACGAUCUCGUCGGUGCAGAGAAACAACGAGGAGGUCCCGCUGGCGAAGCAGGGCGAAGAAGUGUGCAUCAAGAUCGAAAAUACGACCGGAGAGGCGCCGAGACUCUACGGGCGGCAUUUCACGCACGAGGACCCGCUCGUCAGCAAGGUAAUGCUCUUUUAUUUAAAAGUAAAAGGUUUUUGAGAUUUUGAGCUGGAUAACUUGGCGGAAAACGAGAUGUUUCCAUUACUUUUUAGUUUGGCACGUCCUUAAGCUCCUAAGUGUAGAACAUUGUGAGAAAUUUCUCGAAUCUCUGAAUAGGACACUCCAUGUUUUUGAAAUCACAUUGUUUUUCGUCAACUGGAAAAAAUUGAAUUAUUUCGAAGCGGACCAUGUUCAGAUUUUUCCUAACUUUUCCCAUUUCCAGAUCACUCGCGAAUCGAUCGACGUGUGCAAGACGUAUUUCCGCGACGACCUGACCAAAGCGGACUGGCAACUGAUUGUGCAACUCAAGAAAUUAUUGGAAAUUCUCUGA